CUUGCCAGGCCGCUCUUUCCUCGCACUUCCGGUAACUCUAUGGCGCCUGAGCGUUACGACUUCCGGGUCAAAAAGCAAAAAAGUGGUGGAAGUGCUGGAAAAGCGAAAAGGAGGCUUUGGAAGAUGCCGAAACCUCCUCCGCCGUGUCCGAAUCCCUUAUUUAUGCAGUGGCUCCAGGAAUGGAGAGACGAAGCGGCCGAACGCGGGCGCCCCAGAAGCCAAAAGGCGUAUGAAAGGGCCCUGAGCUCCCUCCGCAAAUACCCCUUGCCUUUGCGCAGCGGGCGCGAGGCCCGGAUCCUGCAGUACUUUGGGGAGCAGAUCUGCCGCCAGCUUGACGAGCGACUGGAGCGGCACCGCGGUGGCCAUGAUGGCGCAGCGCCGACAGUCUCUCUUGUCUUGCAAAUUCCAGAUCUGCAGCAACCAGCUCCCUCUUUGUGGCCCUUGGACGAUGGAGAACCUCUCAGCUUUGGGAGCGCAUCUGCCAGUCAUGUUCCAGUGCCGCACUCUGCCGCAGAGCCAGCCCAGUGUCCAGAGCAGCGCAUGAAGAAGAAACAGCCUGCGUCAUGCAAGCGCGCCCGGGUCCCAGCUCCGCGUUCUGCUGCGUAUGCCGUGUUGCUGGCGCUCUACCAGGACAGCAUGGAUCCUGAAUCUCGGGGUUACCUGACAAAACCAGAAUUACAGAGAGCAGCUCAGCCGCUGUGUAAUAAAUCUUUUUGUCUGGCUGACCCUGGGGAUAAGAAGACGGCUUGGUCCGCAGUUGGCAAUCUGAUUCGUAAGGAGCUAGUCCUGAAGACCAACAUCCCAGCCAGAUAUUCUCUGACAGAGGCAGGGCUGUCCUUGGCACAAGAGCUGGUACUUUUGGAAGAGCCAAAGAACAAUGCCACCAACUCAACAUCAGCUGGAACCAGAGAAUCCUUGCAGACUUUGGAGGACAAAGAUGAAGGUGGACAACAUUCAAGCCAGUCAGAGAAAGAAGCUGCCUUCCCAGAAGAAGUUGCCUUCCCAGAGCCGAACUGCAGAGAGCCACAUGCAGGGUUUUUCAAGCCCCAAUGUACCCUUCGGCCGGGACAGUUUGAAGUUAUCCUCUGUGUGGAUUUCAUUGAGACUACUGGGGGUCCCACUUCCCGGAAGCAGGACUUGGUCAAUGAGCUCCGACGGAACAACAUUCCCUUCAGUGUCCGGAAACUUCACGUUGGCGAUUUCCUUUGGGUUGCCAGGGAGAAGGUCUCUCCAAUUGCAGGUCAACUGCAUCCACCUUCAGCUCGAGAAUUGGUGCUUGAUUAUGUGGUGGAACGGAAGAAGAUGCCUGACUUGUGUAGCAGUAUCAUCGAUGGGCGCUUUCGUGAACAGAAGUUCCGUCUGCGGCAAUGUGGCCUCUCCCACCCCAUCUACCUGGUGGAAGAUUCAGGGUCUGUGGAGCAUCUCAGCUUGCCUGGAAAGACUCUGCAGCAGGCCGUGAUCAACACCCAGGUGGUGGACGGCUUCUUUGUCAAACGUACCCGCGACAUUCGGGAAUCCGCUGCCUACCUGACCAUCAUGACGCGCCACUUGACCAGACUCUAUGGGGACAAAACUCUGCUGAGCUGCACCAAGGAGGAACUGGAGCGUGAGUGCCCUCUGCCGCCCAGCGAGGGAUCCUGCCAUCUUCUGACCUUUGCAGAGUUUAAUGAAGGAGCUGUGAAAAACAAGGCCCAGACCGUGAGAGAGGUCUUUGCUCGCCAACUCAUGCAGAUCAGCGGCAUCAGUGGAGACAAGGCAGCUGCCAUACUGGAGCUAUAUAAGACGCCCUCCAGACUGCUAGAUGCCUACGCUGCCUGCCCCACUCCCCAGGCCCAGGAACAGCUGCUGAGUGGCAUCAGAUGUGGCAAACUGCAGAGAAACCUGGGUCCUGUCCUGAGCAAGACUUUGGCCCAGUUGUACUGUACGCCAGGACCGUUGCUUUGAGUUAAGGGAAGGCUGUGUGUACAAGAGACAGACAAAGUGUAUGUGUAAAAGAAGUGAGGACUGAUGGAGAUAGAGUGAAGGGAUUACCUUUCCACAGUGGAAUACACUCCCUUACCCAGCUUUGUUUCAAGAGGAGGUGGGUUAUGACCAAAAUCCCUUCUGGACAUGGCAGAUGACCAAAUGGAACCACCGUUGCCUUUUGGAAAAUGGAGAUGCCAAGGAUAGGAUGCUGGCAGACUAUGGACCUGGUGGGAUGCACCUCUUUACUCCAGGGUUACAAUGGGGAGAGUCAUAUUUAUAUUUCCUGUUAUCUGUCGCAGACAUUUGUAGAUACUCUGGGCUGGCGUUCCCAUACCCGGUUGCUGAAUUAGGCCUUGACCAAUUUCCUGUGGGUAGAUUGGUUUUAUAAAUAUAAAAAUCUGCUCUGUUGUCAGUAUUCUAAUAAAAU